CUUUAGAAUGCCUUGAACGAUUCUCGCGAAUUAACCUUUAAUCCAUGAUACUACGUCAGCUCCCCCGCCUUUGCCGCCGGAUAGCAACGGACUCUCAUCACUCUCCUUCGACUGCAAUAUCCGUCGUUACCCCGGCACCUCACAGAGAUGCACACACCAACCAUCCUAAUAUAUCUGACCCUCCAUCGCCAGCCUCGUUAUCUAUAUCUGCCUCUCUUCAUCCUUUGGAUCCGACAAUACCACACUCUGCGUCAUCUCCUCCCAACCUUCUAGUUCCGCCAGAGCCUCCACUGGUUCAUAGCGGGAACGGGCUGACAUCAGCAUACCAUAGUCCACCAUUCGAUACUCAUCGCUUCUUCGCUGCGCUUGAACAAACUUUUCCGACGCCCACUGCGCGUAGUCUCAUGCGUGCUACCCGUGCCCUCCUCGUCGACCGCAUAGGGCGCGUCAAGCGCGAAGGGCUCAUGCAUCAGGACUUGGAUAAUCAAGCUUACCUAUUUCGUGCGGCGUUAUCAGAGAUGCGCACUGAGAUGACAAUGCGCACUCGGAGCGAGUCUGCUACGAUAAGCACUCAAUGUGCUGCCUUGAGACGGGAGGCAGAUGCGCUAGAUGCCAAGAUGAAGGAAGACCUCACGACUCUCAAGCAUGAAAUUCAGAUGGAUGUGGACAGCCGAAAGAAUGAAGCCAGGAACGAGAGCAAGCGGCAAGACAUUGCCAUUGAGGAAGUCCUCAAUAAAUCGCUUGUCACGCUUUACGAUCUACGGUCUGACAUGGAAGAAGUCAAGUGGGAUAACAUGCGCAAGUCUGUCGCUGCACUUUCUGCGUUUCUCGUCGUGAUCGUGUUGUCCAUGGAACUACGUCCGAGGCCAAAGCCUGCACCCCCACCGAUGCAGAGCGUACCGCAUGUCGUACCGCAGCCACAUUUUGAAGGCCUCGACAAGAUGGACUCGAUCACCUAGUUCGUCAACCAUGUGCUUCGUUGUCGACUGUGGGCAGCAUGUGGAACGUUCAACGAAGGUGGGUUGGACUUGAAGGAAGCGUGCCACAUUGUUGUACAAAGUAGAACUUUACACUACAGAAGACUGUCUGGAUGUAAUGUCGGGGGCAUAGAUAUUGUACAGAAGCCACCCCACCGUCAUUCCUCUCAUCCCCCAGUCCCCCCUCAUCGCCACAUAUACGCGUACAGCCCGUCUACCAAACCCAAUAUUAUUCGUGCAUAUUUAC